GUCGGCGACUUGGGGCAGCUGUAGCAGCGUGUGGCGGCCGGUGGCGGCAGCCGCGUCGAGAUCGAACAAGACUGGAGCGACGUUUAAAGAAGGAGCAGAAUCACCCGGGAGCCGGCUUCUUCUUGUUGGAGGACUCCUACCCUUCCGCGGCCGCAGGAGUAGAAGCGGCGGCGCCGGGAAGCAGGCAUGGAGAGUAGAAAACUGAUUUCUGCUACAGACAUUCAGUACUCUGGCAGUCUGCUUAACUCCUUGAAUGAACAGCGUGGCCAUGGACUCUUUUGUGAUGUUACUGUUAUCGUGGAAGACCGAAAAUUCCGGGCCCAUAGGAAUAUUCUUUCAGCUUCAAGUACAUACUUCCAUCAACUCUUCUCAGUUGCCGGGCAAGUUGUUGAACUGAGCUUUGUAAGAGCAGAGAUUUUUGCAGAAAUUCUCAAUUAUAUCUAUAGUUCUAAAAUUGUCCGUGUUAGAGCAGAUUUACUUGAUGAGUUAAUUAAAUCAGGGCAGUUAUUAGGAGUGAAAUUUAUAGCAGAACUUGGUGUCCCAUUGUCACAGGUUAAAAGCAUCUCAGGUACAGAUCAGGAGGAUGGUAAUGCUAAAUCCUUACCUCCUGGUUCUAGUGACAAAAACCAUGUAAUACAAAAAACAAAAGAUGAAGGCCAAGACAAUGGAACUACUAUAAUGCCUAUUAUAACAGAGUCUUUUUCAUUAUCUGCUGAAGAUUAUGAAAUGAAGAAGAUCAUUGUUACUGAUUCAGAUGAUGAUGAUGAUGAUGAUGAUGAUGAUGUAAUUUUCUGCUCUGAGAUUUUGCCUGCAAAGGAGACUUUGCCGAGUAACAAUGCAGUGACCCAGGUCCAGCCUAACCCAGGUCCUGUUGCUAUUUCAGAUGUGGCACCUUGUGCGAGCAAUAACUCUGCCCCUUUAACAAGUAUUACACCUACUCAGAAACUUCCCACUCCUGUCAAUCAGGCAACUCUGAGCCAAGCACAAGGAAGUGAAAAAUUGCUGGUAUCUUCAGCUCCAACACAUCUGACUCCCAACAUUAUUUUGUUAAGUCAAGCACCACUUACUACACCACCAAAUGUCAGUUCUUCACUUUCAAAUCAUAUGUCCUCUCCAAUCAAUUUACUUGUGCAGAAUCAGCAGACAUCAAACAAUGUUAUUUUAACAGAAAACAAAGCCAAUGAAGAAGAGGAGGAAGAAAUUAUAGAUGAUGACGAUGACACUAUUAGUUCCAGUCCAGACUCAGCAGUCAGUAAUACAUCUUUGGUUCCACAGGCUGAUACUUCCCAAAAUACCACUUUUGAUGGAUCAUUGAUACAGAAAAUGCAGAUUCCUUCACUUCUGCAAGAACCACUUUCCAAUUCUUUAAAAAUUUCAGAUGUAAUCACUAGAAACACUAAUGAUCCAGGCUUAGGAUCAAAACAUCUAAUGGAAGGUCAGAAGAUCAUUACUUUAGAUACAGCUACUGAAAUUGAAGGCUUGUCCACUGGUUGCAAGGUUUAUGCAAAUAUUGGUGAAGAUACUUAUGACAUAGUAAUCCCUGUUAAAGAUGACCCCGAUGAAGGGGAGGCCAGACUUGAGAAUGAGAUACCAAAAACAUCUCGCAGUGAGUCAACAGGAAAGCGUAUGAAAGUAAAACAUGAUGAUCACUAUGAGUUAAUAGUAGAUGGAAGGGUCUAUUAUAUCUGCAUUGUAUGCAAGAGGUCAUAUGUCUGUCUAACAAGCUUGCGAAGACACUUUAACAUUCAUUCAUGGGAAAAGAAGUAUCCAUGCCGUUACUGUGAGAAGGUAUUUCCUCUUGCAGAAUAUCGCACAAAGCAUGAAAUUCAUCAUACAGGGGAGAGAAGGUACCAGUGUUUGGCAUGUGGCAAAACUUUCAUCAACUAUCAGUUUAUGUCUUCACAUAUAAAGUCAGUUCAUAGUCAAGAUCCUUCUGGGGACUCAAAGCUUUAUCGUUUACAUCCAUGCAAGUCUUUACAGAUCAGACAAUAUGCAUACCUUUCUGACAGGUCAAGCACUAUGCCUGUUGUGAAGGAUGAUGUGAUUGGCUAUAAGGUCGAUGCUGGAAAAGAACCUCCAGUAGGGACCGCACCAGCUCCACAGAACAAGCCAAUGACCUGGGAAGAUAUUUUUAUUCAGCAGGAAAAUGAUUCAAUUUUUAAACAGAAUGUAGCAGAUGGCAGUACUGAGUUUGAAUUUAUAAUACCAGAAUCUUACUGAAUUCCUUUGAAAUAUGAAAUAUCAGUAAGUUUUGAUUUGGAUUUAAGGGAAAGGGAUUUCAGAAGAUCUGUAAAACAAAUUAGGGUUAAAACAGAUUAAUUCAUUCUGCCACAUCAUCUGAUGGUAGUCUAGUUGGAUUGUUCGUUGAUAAUUUUUAGAAGCAAUUUUCUCUGAAAGUUUGAGUAGAGGUUGAACACCCCCCAAAGUACCUGUUUAUAUAGUUAUCUUUCAGCUCAUUUAAAAGAGACAAAAAUUUAAAAACUCAGAGAGAUAGUUUUCUGAAUAGAAUUUGAAGCAGUAUGAAUGUUCUUUGAAAAUAACUGGAGUUUCUAGCAUACCCUAGUACUUCUAUUGACUUUCCCCUUCCAUGUUAGCACUUUACUGCUGGAUUCUCAGUUUUCUUAACAUUCUAUAAAUGUGUGUUGUGUCUUGUAUAUGGCAUAAAAAGUAAGGAAAAACUUCCAAAAAUUGUUCUAGAAAAUUUCAGAAUAAGUCUUGACUUGGUUGUAUAUUCUGCUGGUCUAAAUGAAUAGCAACCUCCUGCCUCCCUCUCCCAUGAAAUUAGCAAUGCAAACAAGUCUCUAAUAUGAAGAAUGAGUUAGUUUUAGCUAAUUAGAAUUACCCAUGCUUUUAUUACCAUAGUCUGUAAAAGACUUUGGUGGCUAGGCCACUAUAUACCUUUGCAUUGUGGUCUCUGGGCAAAACACUAGUGGAAAAACAAAUUUCUCUAGACAGACAAAAAGUUUUGCCCUACUUAUUUUUAAUUCUCUGUUCUUACUAGACAGUCACAUUGGAGAUUUUGUUCAUUAUGGUUAAAAAAUAAUCCCGUGAAAUACUAUAAAUUUUGAACCUGAAAGCCACCAAAUGAAUCUUUUUCAUAAUUUAAUUAUGUAUAUAUCUUUGUAAAUGAUAGAUUCCAUAGAUGAGACUCCUGUGUAUUUUGGGUGGGAGGCUACUGGCAUAUAUUUUUUAAAUGUUCAUAUUAGAAUCUUCAAUUGGAAGUUUUCAUUUGAAAUAGUUUAAGUGGUGAUCUGGUAUUUUCCUUUCAGCAAGAUCUUUUAGGUUUUUAACCCCUUAUAAAUUAAGUUCUAUUCCAUCUGCAAAUUGCUACAAUAUUAUAGCAACCAGAAACUACAUGGAAUGUUACAUAGGCUUGUCAAUUCUCAUUUAUCCUGACAACAAUAAAUUCUACCUUUUAAGAUGACACAUAUUUAAAUACUCAGAAAAUAAAGUUAAAACUUACCCAAGUGCUAGUACUAAAAGGAAGCAGGUUGGAACAAAUACAUAGCCUAGCAUUUAUAACAGAAUUAACUUGAACUCUUCUGUAAAUGAUUUUUUGAAAAGGAAAAAAUAGACACUGAAAAUAGAUUGUUGUUUCAUAGUUAUUAGCCAUUCAUAACCUUGCUUAAGUAUUUCUUAAUCCAACAUAGAUAUUUUCUUUCUCCUUAUCAUGUGUUUUUUAAUAAUAGUCUAUUUCUUGACUUUGAACUUAAAGCUUUAAUUAUAAUUUCUCAUGUUUCUAUCAUUUUUCACAUGUAAGCUAGAUUUGAAGAUAAUGAUUUCAGUGUUUCUUAAGUUGGUAGCUGAGGGUUCAGGCAUCAGUAUUUGCAGUAAUAUGAGGAAAAAGAAAAAUAAUAUCCUUUACUUACCAAGGGAUGGAGUGAUGUACAUUUACCUGUUUAUUGUUGUAUGGAUCCAGACCUUCACCCCAUUUUAUAAACAAACCCUUAGAAAAUUUGAAAUCAUCUUAGAACUUAAGACUGAUCUCUGUAAUCAUAAUCUCUUUCCUUUCACACUAGAUACUAAUAGCAUUGUUGUUUAACUAUAGGGUGACCUCGGAAACGUUCUCAUUCAAAAUUUGAGUUUCAUUGAUGUUAUUUCACCAGUUAGACAUAAUUACUUCUACCGAUGUGAAUAUUAUUGUUGCCAGCAGAACUUUCAGACUAAACAGUUAGACAGUUAGUUUGUCAUACUAAAAGUUGGUGAUUUCUACAAGCCCAUUAUGAUAAAUCAGCAAAUCUAUAAUGGAAAACUAUCCAUUCUGAAUAAUACUGAUGAAAGUAUUUGCUGCUGUGCUCUGUAAAUUCUGAGUAUGAAAUUUAAAACUGUGCCUACUGAAGGUAUCUCCUGGAAUUCUUUUCGGAGGAGGAAAACUGGAAAGUUACAUUAUAGUUUUGCCAGAAGACUCUUUACUUAUAUGUGCCUCAGGGUCUUCAGUUUUUCUGGAAGUUUCCAUAUCCGAAGUUCAGAGUUUUCAUGUGGACUACUUUUUUCAGACAAAAACACUUCACUCCCAGUCUUUAUUGGAUUCCAAAUUUUUAGCAAGAUACUGUUUAAAACUAACAAUGGAGGUUUUGUUUUAUACUUCAGAUUUCUGGCUACUGAACUUCCUUUUUUUCUUUCAAAUCAGCUUCUAAUUUGCUCUAGUCCUAAAUUAUCUAAGUAUUUUUGAUAGGACCUAUUUGAAAUCAUAAAUUUGUUAAAAGAAAUGAAAAAAUUUAAAAUACUAAAACUGACCAAACAUUUAAAAAUGCUGUGGCAGUCUUGCAAGACUAGCUUUAAAAAUAUUUAAAUGAUUAUUAUUUUGGAAACAGUUCUCCACAUAAAACCACUAUGAGAAAAUGAUGCUACAUUUUGUCUAUGGUACUGAAAAGAUAAAACAAAUGGUGAACAUUGAUCAAAGUGUUUUAUGUUGACAUGGCAUGCAUAUUCUAAGAAGUUAGAUGCUAAUUAAACAGCACUGGCUUCUUCACCCUCUGACAGUCAUACCAAACCUUGUUAUUUCCCCAAGUACUUCAUACUUGUACAGUCGUCCCUUAUGACUUUAAGUUCUACUUUUCAUUAACCAUUACCUGAUAUUAGUUCAUAGAGCUUCUUAUGGCAAAAAUAAAAUGUUAUAAUUCUAAUUUUUGAGUGUGUUUUUUUACAAGAUUAUCUUUCAGAAAUUACAUAGGUAUUUAUACUGUUGUCAUUUUUUUCAAUUUUUGUAACAAGACUGGAGCGGUAUUUCUGAUGAUAGCAUGGCAAAAAUUCCCAUUAGGUUUUAUUUGUUGUUUAAUCAUGUCCCAUUGUUUCUUGAACCAUAAUAGUAAAAGGUGAAUUAGCUUUGGUUUUGAGUGUUACUUUAUAGAUACCAUGAGGAUGUCUAUAAAGGGA